GAAAAAGCUUCGUGAAAAGAAUACAAACAUAUUGAAAUCGUGUCAAUGUACAGUUUAUUAUCACUGCUGAGAUUUAGGCAAAAAGGACUCGCUUCUAGUCGUUAAGCGAUACAGAAUCUCAUCUGUGACUUUUGCGCCGUUUUUUGAUGUUCGUGCUCGCUUCAAGAUGCCGAAAAGAGAGCCGAAGACGAAGGUGAAGAAACAUCAAGUUGAAGAGUUGUCACUGCUGGUAAAUGGUUUGAGCUUUUCAUCGCUGGAUGUCGGAUCCAUCAGGGAUGCAAUUCAGAAACUUGAUGCUCGAUUAGAAGAAAAUACAGCAAGCUUGCAAGAAAGCUGGGGCCAGUUUGUGGAUGUUUGCAGCACAAUUUCUAAUGAAAAAACUCAGGAUCCACCAGAAUGGUUGAGCUCCAAAGAUGCUGUAGAUUUGUUGGCAUCUUCUGAUGUUAUACAGACCAGUUCUUGUCCAUAUGAACCUAUUGCACUCAACUGUUUCUUAAACAAUGUGAUUCAAGCCUUAGAGCGAAAUCCAGGUAAAGAAGAGUCGAUAUUUGAAGAUCUAGUCCAGUUUGCUUCCCAACAAGGCAUUUUAAUGCCAUUUGGUGCACCAGAAAAGAAUGGAGAUGGUGAUGAGACAUCUGAGUUACCUCUGAACACCAUUGUGAUAGAAGAUGAACAAGCCACUGAUGUAUUGUGGGAAGCUAUUAGAAGAAAAAUUCGCAAAGGAAUGUGGACACUUCUAGCAAAUCUACCUCUCUCAAACCAGCACAAUGAACUUAACUGUGAUCAGCAAACUAAAAUUAAACUUUUAGCUGACUUGUGUUUUCUGUACCCAGCUGAAGACAUCUGGAAGGGAUACCAGAAUUAUAGAAAAAAGCUGCUGGAUCAAUACAUUGCGAGCGAAGCUUUGUUAGAGGAAGUAGAAACAGACCUUGCCAUGUCAUCUGAGACACCCAAUGAUGUAAGGAUGUUUGUCAAGUUAUGUAAAGCUUCUGAAAUAAUGAUUUACGAGGAUGCAAUGAUUCUGCAAGAAGGAAUUUUCUCCACAACAGUACCUAGUGUUGAGUUUAUACAUGAGUCAUAUUUAUUAAGAAUAACUGAAGAAUUGCAUUCUGUGUGCCAAGCAGUGUAUAAUAAGGAAAAGGAAGAGCAAGUACUUUUGAAUGAACUAGGACAAGCAUCCAGUCACAGAAGAGGCUCAAAUGUAUCAUUUGGAAGCAGGAGGGGCUCCACUUUAUCAAAUGUGAAAAAGAUUAACUCUAGAGAUAUCCUUUUAGCCUAUAAACAUUGCUUCAUGGCAGUGGUUCAUUUGGAAAGACUUGUCAAUAAAGUAACAAGCCAAAAGGACACAGAAGGAGGAGCAGGAAUUAGAGGUACCAGUCUGCAGAAUGCUUCAAGGUCUCCCUCUAGUCCUGUCCUAAGUCACAGGAAUCCCAGUCGACACAGUUCUAAAAAGAACCCUGAUAUGCCACUUUACGUAGCAGAGGGAAAUUUGCCUUUACCAUUUGGCUCUGGCAGUAGUAGACUUGACUCUCAGCCCCUCAGUAGUGUAUCAGCUCCAAACCCCAACUCUCAGUGGCCAUGGAGAGAGGAGUUCAAGAGUCACAUAUCUAAGUUAUCAAUGGCUCUGAGUGAGAGCAUCAAACACACUUGUGAAAAGGCUCUGGAGGAAGGCAUGCAGAUGUACAAAUCUACUCAAAGAAUUCCUACAGUCAGGCUUAGAGAUGAUUUCAUUGGUGGUAAACAGGACUAUCCCAGGAGGAUUGAUAAGUGUUGUGCAGCCAUUAUGGAUGAAGCUGAUGAAGUUCUACCAUUAGCCAGCAGUCAAGGAGGGAAACUAUUCCACGUUAUCAGAUCAUCUUUUGUGGAUUCUCUUGAAGCAUCUCUGAAGAGUUACCAUACAAGAUUGACACAGCUUCUGUCUGACUUUCCCAAAGUGUGUGAUGUGGAGUGCCUCUUCAUUGUUCUUGGUAGUGCUGUUUUCAUCAGGAACCACCUGGUUCACUAUGAAGAUGUCUUAGGCUCUGAACCAAGACGCCCCUUUCCUUUGUUACACCGACAAUUCAGUGAUCUUGUGGAUAGUGUUAGUGAUCAGAUCAUCAGUUACCACGACAAUGUGAUUUCUAUGGUCAUUCUACAAGAUGCUCGCAGUAAUAACUGGUCAGACUCCAGACCUUUUUUCGAGGAUCAAAGGUGUUCCUUUUCUGUUCAGAUGUGGAACUACCAUCUUCAAGGUUUGCGACAUGACCUUUGGAAUUACUGCCCUCCUGAAAAAGCUCAGGAAAUGUUUACAUCUGUUCUUCACAGUUCUUUAGUUACCAUAGUGACAAGAUACAGCCAUGUUUGUCCUACAAGCAGACGAGUGAAACAGUUUAGAUCAGACAUCACGGCCAUGUUAUUGUCUACAUUAUCUUUUUUGUGGUCGUGUUGCAAGUCAGUUCCAAGUUUGUUAGAUCCCCAGUGUUCUGUGGCUCCAUUUCCAACGAUUCACAGCCUUUGCUCUUGUCUGUUAACCACACUGGCUGUUGUGGGUUCUCCCUUGGAUUCUCUUUGUUCUCAUGUCAUGGGGGAAACAUCAGGAUCCACAGAGACGGCACAGUCCAAAACAGCUUGGUUGUCAUGGAUAUAUCCCGAAGUUUUUAAAAGUCACGAAGGAAGUUUGGCUGCAUUAACAGACAGACAAGCAACAUUUGUGCUUUUUAAACUCAUGGUCAAUCAACCAGGCCCUCAGUGGCCGUUAUUCAUACGAGCACUUCUGAGUAGAAAUGCAAAACUGCCUGUCACAAUUGUGAAGUAUGGAGAACUCAGUAGUCUCAGAACUCCAGUAAACGGCUCACAUAGUGAACUUGUCCAGGCCGCGGGAUCAAGCUUGUUUGAAGAGGAAUCAACGUCAUCAGUUCAGAGUGCAAACAAGUUUAAAGAAGGCGUGGUGUGUUCAUUGUAUCACAUUCUCUUCCAGUGCUCAAACGAAAUGCCAGGGCUAGUCAAUUAUCUCAUGGCAAUCGUCAGCAGGGAGGCUAGCUGGAAACUUUUUGAUGAUGGCUCCUCAGGACUGAAGAUUUCAGAUGCUACGGAGAGCCCUGUUUGGCUUGAGUGUGUGUUUAAAACGUUUGACCCAUAUAUUGUCAGGUUUCUAUAUCCAUCACUGCUCCUGUUGUGUGAGCAGGACAAGAAAGUGACAAAAUCGUACAACUUUACCUCGAUGAGCGCACUUCCUUGCGGUUGCGAGCGAAAGAAGUCGCCAAAGACUAGAGACACGAAAAGUCAGACCGAUGUUCAGUACACCGCUCUUCAGGAUUUGUUAAAUCAGCUGACAAAGCAUUUCUGUGCCAUCCCGAAAAUUAUGUGUCAGUUUUUGAACAAGCUUCAAGAAUCGGUGCAUCAGAAGUCGACUGAUCAAUCAAGCGAGACUGCCGGCAUAACGGUCUUGGCCAGCAUUCUGUAUCGUUGGCUCAUGGAUUUCGACAAAGUUUGUGUGGCCUGUGAGGCCCGACUGAGCCCGGAGACUCAGAGAAGCGUUGCUAUGUUUGCUGAAAUAGUUUGGCAUGUUUUUGUCAAUUUGGGAAGAACAGAAGGAGGUGUACGUAACCCAGCUCUCCCAUCUGAUCUUGAUGCUCUGUUGAUAUCCAAGAGGGACUGGUUGAACCAAAAGGUUGGACAAAUCAAAGCUUACAUAGCAAGCCAGCCGUAUGAAGAAUUUAGUGUGGAGACUGUCUGUGAAUCAUUAGCUGAUAUUCAGUUCACUCACAUGGCGUCAGCACUCCUUGCGGAACCAAAAGGUGCAGCGUGUCUGAAGCAUGCGUAUAAUUUCAUUCAGGCCCAGAAGGACUGGCUGAUGAACUUGGUUCUCGUCCCAGGUCAUUUACUUCCACCUGUACCGUCAAACUCAAUUCCCGGGACCGAACAAAGUGAAAGGUAUAACCCGCUUCGACAGUUUGCUCUGAUUGGUGAGUGCGAUUUCAAUCAAGACAAGAUAGCCUCGUUCCCUUUUGAUUGGAGCACAUUACUUCAGAGUUGUCUUGGGGCAUCCGCGGACAUCGUGAAGCGCCUGGCUUUCAAUAGAAGCGAAAUGCAAGGAGGGGCUUUUCUGGAGGACAGCCAGAGACAGCUUGUAAAUGCGCUUAAGGCACAUUUUGGGAUUACUGUGGAUGGUGGGAAUGAUGAACAAAGUGGUUGAAGAAGGUCCGCCUGUUUAGACAAACUGUAACUUAUGUAUAGUCACUGUUAUAAAUCGUUAAUUUUUUUCUUGAGACUAGCGAGCAUGAAUUCGACUGAUGUUGGUAAAAUUAUUAAUUAAGAGAAAUAUGAAUAAUGUAACCAAGGUUUAUUUGUCUAUUUAUGUAAAAACGGCUUAAACAGAUACAUUGGAAAUACCUACAAUAAGCUGCGGAAUAAACUCAU